AAGCGUGGUUGGAACCCUCUACCCCUCUACCUCUAGCCAUAUGCUCUAGCAAGCAGCUGUAGGGACAGUUUGUAUGUCACCAAGUUGAAAUGAUGUCACAAAAGCUAGAAGGCUACGAGUUUUGGUCUAAGACGUUGAAGAGUGCCAAGUACAUUGUGGCACCGAUGGUGGAUCAAAGUGAAUUGGCCUGGCGACUUCUUAGCAGACGCCAUGGAGCUCACCUGUGCUACACACCAAUGCUGCAUGCCAGCGUGUUCAUCAAAGAUCCCAAGUACAGAAAAGAAAGUAUGACCACUUGCGAAGAAGACAAGCCUCUAAUAGUACAAUUUUGUGCCAACGACCCCGAGAUUCUGUACGAAGCAUGUCAAAUGGUUGUGGACCAGUGUUGUGCAGUUGACUUGAAUCUUGGAUGUCCACAAGCAAUUGCUAGAGCUGGCCAUUACGGUGCUUUUCUACAGGACGAAUGGGAGUUGCUUCGUUCCAUGGUCAGCAAAAUUCACAAAGAGCUUGCAAUACCAAUUACUUGCAAGGUUCGUGUAUUCCCUGAUAUCGAGAGGACAGUACAGUAUGCACAAAUGCUGGAGUCCGCAGGAUGCCAGUUAUUGACUGUUCAUGGGCGGACCAGAGAUCAGAAGGGACGUUACACGGGUUUGGCAGAUUGGGAUUAUAUCAAAGCAGUAAAGCAAAACGUGAAAAUACCAGUCUUUGCCAAUGGGAAUAUACAAUACUUGGAAGACGUAGAGCGGUGUCUUGGAGAAACUGGUGUCGAUGGCGUCAUGUCGGCUGAAGGUAAUCUGCACAACCCGGCCAUAUUUACCGGCAGGAGUCCUCCAGUUUGGGAAAUGGCCCUGGAGUAUGUUGCCCUGGUACGGACGUACCCCUGCCCCACGUCCUAUGUUCGAGGACACCUCUUUAAACUCUUCCAUCAUUGUAUGACGAUGCCAGAACAUGUGGAUCUUCGAGAAAAAUUAGCAAAGGCCAGUGACUUGGACGAGUUCCAAGGGAUUGCGGAGGAACUGAGAAAGCGCCACAGGUCAAUUGUAUGGCAGCCUGAUCCAGAAUCUCCACAAGCCAAGUUGCCGCCGUGGAUCUGUCAACCAUACGUUCGUCCAAGCCCCGAAGUGACACUGAUGACAAAGCGGGACCUCAAGAUGGAACACCGAAAGCUACUGGAAUUAAUGGAAACUUUAAAGCAGCCACCAGACAUGGACUUGUAUAGCUUGUCCAAGAAACAACUGAAACGUCUUCGAAGAAAUCCAAAGAAGGCUUUUGCAACCAAGGAGGUCUUCCAGCAUUGCAGUGCAUGCCCUAAUCCCAAGGGACUAAAGUGCAUUUUUGAUUUAUGCAAGCCGUGCUGUCGACAGAAGGCGCAGGACUUGCUGGAUAAUUGCAGUGGACAUGGCCUUUUUUUCAAACCGAGAGAGCCACAGUUGACAUGACAGUUCUGGCCAACUGCAUUGACUGUAUUUACAGUCAUAGAAUGUAUUACAAAGAGCUCCCCUUUCUG